CCGACAUCAUAACUUCUUUCCUUCCUACAAGCUACAUCGAGCUCGUUGCGCGGCGGGCUCCCGCCAAGCGACUAUGUUGUACCUUACUUCCGAUCUUUUCCCCGUCUUCGUCCCUUUUGGUGUUAUUGGCUUCUACCGAUACCUAUGGUACCUCAUUCGUCUCACCGCCUCCGCCGUCUAUCGCCCAGUGCCGUUACCCGAAAACCCUACCUACAUUGCAGCCGAAGACGUCACCAUCAUUGUCCCCACCAUUGAUGCGGGCGAAGAGUUCAAAGAAGCCGCUCGCAGCUGGCUAGUCGGGCAGCCAAAGGAGAUUCUCAUCAUCACCGAGGAGAAAAUGUUGAAGGAACUACAAGCCCUCGCCAAUGCCGUCGAUCCGGAACGUAUCCGGGUGUUAACGGUGCCCUUUGCCAAUAAACGACUCCAGAUGAGCCACGGUAUCAAGAACACUACGACUGAUAUCAUCUUCUUCGCUGACGACGAUGCCAUCUGGCCUCCUACCCUCCUUCCCUCUGUACUCGCGUGUUUCGAAGACCAGAAAGUUGGUGGUGUUGGGACCAGUCAGCGUGUACAACCCGUCGGGAAUCGCAUGACGGUUUGGGAAGUGCUUGCCGCUUUCCGCCUCACCAUUCGCAACAUCGAAAUAUCAUGCUCCACACACAUCGACGGUGGCCUACCAUGCCUCUCCGGUCGGACUGCUGCUUACCGCACCAUCAUUCUCAAAGACCCUGAGUUUCUUCACGGCUUUACCCAUGAUUAUUGGCUCGGUAAAUACCAGCUCAACUCCGGUGACGACAAGUUUUUGACAAGAUGGAUGGUAUCCCACGGCUGGAGUACGUACGUGCAGUGCUGCAAAGAAGCAGAGCUGCUCAGUACUAUGAAACCUAACUGGCGAUUCCUCAAACAAGUAUUGCGUUGGACCCGGAACACCUGGCGGUCGGAUCUCCGCAGUCUAUUCAUGGAGCGUUAUAUUUGGACGAGCCACCCAUACGUAGCAUAUACCAUGGUUGACAAGCUUUUCAAUCCGUUCACCCUGCUCCUCGGCCCUGUUUUUGUCGCUCGGCUCAUCGCCAAGAGCACUAUCCCCGUUUCACAGGGUGGAUACCAUCUCCCGUGGUGGAACAUCAUCGCGUCCUAUGUCGUCUGGCUUUUUGCUACGCGAACGGCCAAGUUGUUGCCUCACCUGUGGCAGCGGCCUCAAGAUAUCAUUCACGUUCCCGCCUUCAUCCUCUUCGGGUACUACUUCGCCAUCAUGAAAUUGUACGCCCUUUGCACGUUACACGAGACGGGUUGGGGAACUCGUGCGGGUAUCGGUGAUGCGUCCGCAGCCACCGCAGCCAUGGCUGCAGCUGACAGCGCACGUUUGCAAGAAAAAACAGCUCCUGCGUCCAGCUACUCAAACAGUGACCCAUACCAACCUCCCCCUAGCGCUUAUUAUCAACAAGGCCAGGAUUCACCCUUUCGAGACGAGAUGUCACCGUUCACGGACGAGACUGCUGGUGAAGAGAGCGCUACCCCGGUAUAUGCAGCGAGAGCUCGCCGAGCCGAACACGAUGCAAGUUCACAGAUGGGUUUUGCCAGUUAAUGCUGCGGACGAGGUUCUCUACAAGCAUCAAAUACUUAGAACCCGGACCUUUAUCCAUCUGCAUCUACUGUCUCGUAUACCCUCGCUACUACCUAAGAUAUUGCUUUCGAUUGGACUAUAAUAUCUCAUCAUCAAUCUUCUGACUUGCUUGUCGCUGUUGUCAAGCCUGUUGAAUUGAACGCCGACGGUAGACCAUGAUGGAUGGACCUAAGGCAGCCAAGAAACGCAAACUCACUGACAAGAGUGUUCCCCAUGCCAUUCUCCAGAACCCAACUUUCGCGCAAGAUUCGCAAAUGUACCAGGAUCUUUUGGCUAUGGAGAGGAAAUUGGACUGGACUAUGACUCGCAAGAAAGCCGAGAUUCAAGACGCUCUCGUCCGAACCCCAAACGUGCAGCCGUCAAUGACUUCCCUCAACGGAACUGACUGUACUACGCACUCCGCCCGUGGACCCUGUCUUCAUCUUUUCCAGCUUCCCGGUCAGCGCGCAAAAGACAAAAUUUCAGCGCGGAAAUUCUCCACGUUCAUCAAGCGCUUGGUUAUUGAAUUAGACCGAGAUCCCAAUCUCUAUCCAGAAGGUAACAUCGUUGAGUGGCCACGGGCAGCAGGGGCCCAAAAUAUACCACAAGACGGCUUUACUAUUCGCCGGAAGGGGGAUGUGCCCACCAAAGUGCGAGUCAUAAUCUAUCUAGAACACCAGCCAGAGCAAUUGCGUGUCAUCCCAGAGUUGGCGAAUAUCUUGGGGAUCAAAGAGGAUAGUCGUAUUGGAAUCACCCAAAGUUUGUGGAACUACAUCAAGGUCCAGGGCUUACAGGACAAGGAAGACCGACGACUCGUGAGAGCUGAUGACAAGCUUCGGCACAUCUUUGGCGGAGAUAGUUUGCCAUUCCAGAAACUGUCUGAGUUGGCCAACCGUUGUCUUACCGCACCUGAACCUGUCGUUCUGAACUAUGUCAUCAACCCCACUGUCUCUCCCCCGGAGCGCCCUAUGGCUUGGGAUGUCGAGGUCAAGAUGGAGGAUGUCGGUCUCAAAAGCCGGAUGUCGGUUGUGGUUCAGGCAACGAAGGAAAGCUCCCAAAGCUUGGCCAAACUGGACGAUGAGAUCUCGACUCUGGCACAAUCCCUGCAAAACUCACAUCUAAAACGAACAUUCCUCGAAUCAUUUGCCAACGAUCCAUCGCAGUUCAUCCAGACGUGGCUCGAGUCUCAAUCGAGGGACUUGGAGACCGUGCUGGGCAGCGGCCCUUCGGACGGAUUGACUAUCCGUCAAGAAGAGCUCAAGCGAAGCGAAUUCUUCAAACUUCCUUGGGUCGAAGAGGCUGUUUCUAUCCAAGAGGGUCUUCGUUUGGCUAGUAAACCUGUUUCACAACCACUUCUGAUCACAAUCUGCCGGGGGCACGGUCUGGAGUAUGAAUACCUCCAGAAUCUCCUUCGUACCCUCACUGAGAGCAAGACGCGCGAUGGCUUCCCGGAGCAUGACCUGAAGUUACUAUUAACAAGCGUCAAGGACAUUCGACGUCAAGCACCGGAUACCAGGCUACAGGAUGCAUUUUAUGACUCUCUGGAGGGCCUCUUACUGGAUCUACGCACCACAACCAUUGAUAACCACGAUGCGGAAGCUUUUCUGAGGCCAGUGACGAGAUCUGAGGUUCCCGACUACCAUGAAAUCAUUUCACACCCAAUGGACCUGCAGACCAUGCUCAAGAAAGUCAAAUUGAAACAAUACAAAUCGAAACGCGAUUUCCAAGAUGACCUUGAUCUGAUAUGGGCCAACUGCUUGACCUACAACGCGAAGCCGACGCAUCAUCUUCGUCAAUGCGCCAAACGCCUCAAAGUCAAGGCCGACCGUCUUCUCCGGAACAUUACCGAUCGAAGAGAGCGUCAAGACCCAUUGAUCCCCGCAGCUCUGGGCGGUGGAGGCCCCAUGCCAGGUGUUACACGUGCAAUGAAUACGGUUGGAAAGGCCAUGACAAUCAACGGAAACGGAAACGCAGUCAACGGACACAGGCCGACAACCAUCACAAUCAAACCUCACAGGAGGUCUACGAACGAUAUCCGCAAGACAAUCAGUCCUGGGACGUCCAUCAAACGAGGUCCUGCUGUUGUAAUGGCCGCUUUUGGCGAGAUGCCUGCUCUGGUCCGCACAACUGAGGGUAUGCGUAUGUUCUCAGAAGCAGAAUCGAGCAAGGCUGUAUUGGGAAAUCUGCAACGGUUUCUUCCUGUCUCCCUCACAGACGAUGCUAUCAUUGUGAAGGAGGAGGAGGAAGACAUAUACAUGGACAGGGCUGCCGGAGAGAAACGGCCAUGGACUGGCUCGGACAAUCGACCCCGAAAGCGUUUGCGACAAGACAGUCAUGCACCAGAAGAUGUCGGUGAUCCUUUUCUCUGGUGGAGUGCUGCUCAGUCAGAUGCGCUGAUUCCCAAUGGAUUGCCGCACAUUCCGUAUCCCUCCUCUGGGAUAUCGGCCCGCCCUCCCACUGUUUUGGCCCGCAAAAGGAGACCAAAGAAGGUUGCGACAAGCAAGUCAGAAAAGUUUCUACUGACCCUCAUGAAUGACAACAUCCGCACCAUACGUCGUCUGAGGCAUACACAUACUCGCUUUUCUGCGCUUGGACUGGGACAACCAUCCGCCAAUCCAGACGACUUUGACGCGCCACCUGCACCUCCUCCGCUGGACGGGCCAGCUGCAGCAGACAUGUCGAUUCAGGACGAAGACGCAUUUAUAAGUGUAGGCGAAGUCGACGAUCAGCCCUGGGGUGCGGCCCUGGGCCUCACGGGACGGUGGAAAAGGCGCAGGGUGGAGCUUGAGGCAGGUACUAUGGAGGAACCUAUCGAGAUCGGGCAACAGAAUGCAGAGAAUUGCAUGCAAUGGAUGACGGGAAAAGUUUUGGAGCAUGCGGGAUUCCAAGGCAGUUCCAGAAUGGCACUCGAUGUUUUGGCCUCGGUGACAUCAGAGUACAUGCUGAAUGUCGGCCGAACGCUUCGCUACCUUUCUGACAAGUAUGGACAGACAAUGACGCCCGAGGAAAUCAUAUUGCACACCCUGUUCGAGUCGGGGAUCUCACGUGUCCAGGAUCUGGAGCGCUAUAUAUCUGACGAUAUCGAACGCUACGGCUCCCGUUUGGGCGAUCUGGAAAAGAAGAUCGAGAAUGUCUAUCGGGAAGUGACUGCUGUUGGUGGCGUUCUCGAUGACGAGGCAUUAUUCGAAGAUGACGACGAAGAAGCUGGUGCUCUUGCAAUCGGUGACUUUGCUGAUGCGCUUGGCGAGGACUAUCUCGGAUUGCGAGAGUUGGGGAUCGCAGCUGAAUUCAAUAUGUCAUCGUUGAGUAUCCCGAAAAAGCUACUGCGGAGCAAGCGACAAGCAAUGGGAUUGCACGAUCCUGCAGGAACCUCGGCGCCAAAAGCACCGCUUCUACCAUAUCCCCCACCCCCUGCCUUUGUCCCUCUGACAUUAGGUCAGGUGGAAUCGCAGAUCGGGCUCUUGCAGGCCUACUACAUGAAUCGAUUCCAGAUGCUGGCUCCACAGCCACCACCUGCGGCGACUGGCGAGCCGAUUGUUCCGCCUCCUAUCCAAUUGCACGCCAACAUGCAACUCGCAGACGAUCUUCCGUUGCCAGCGUCGACAAAGAUGGGUCCUUUGGGUCAAAUCACGUUAUCCAAAGCCAAUCCCAAGAAGAAAGGCACGGCCACUCAACCCGGGUCUGCUGCCAAAAAUGGAGAAACAGGCGCCGAUUCCAAGAAGAAGAAGAAAGGGGCCACCGGUGUCGGCACUGGCAACGGUCGCAAGAAGAAUGCGUUGAUGUUGCCCCCGCCUUUGCCAGUUCCUACCCCGAUCAUUGCAGCAGGCGUUUAG